AUGUUCUACAAAGAUAUUUGCUUUAAGCUUUUAAAUGGUAGUUUAGGCAGAAAAUAAAGAUUUUCAUAUUUAGAUAUUGUUUUAAAUAGAUAGAAUCAUUUUAAAAAUAGUUUUUCUAGUAUUCCUUCAUUUUAAUUUAGUUAAGUAACUAAUACAAUACAAAAUAAAAACCCUCAUAUAAAUAGCGUAGGUGAAACACCUUUAAUCAGAUGGGAUAAAGUUUUAUCAGCAAAAGCUAUUUACGGAGUAUUAAAUAAGUUUAAAAUUCCUACUGUAGUAGGUGAUCAAAAAUACUUUUACGUUUAACAAAUGUAGUUAUACACUGCUAUUUUUAAUUUAAGCUAGGUAGAAGAUCUGCAAGAUAAUUUAUUUGAAGUUUUUGUAAAAUUGCACAAUUCUGCAAUUUAAAACCUGGCUAAAAUGAAAAGCUAAACACAAUAUAAGAACGAUAGAAUUUUUAAUAAUUUCUGCAUUGCUCUUUUUAAAGCUUAGAUCUUACUGAAGAAAAAGAAUAUUUCAUUGGAAAAAAAUAUUUAGAAUGAUACAUUAUUUUUGUAAACACUUUUAUCAGAUAAGAUUCCUGUACCUAGCUUUAUGUCUGAAGUAAUUCCUUAUCUUUCUUUUGAAGAAUUAAAAGAAUGCUGCAGCAUACUUCUUUAAACUAAUUAAGCUGACUUGAUAAUUAAAAUAGUCAACACACCUACUCAAUACUUAAGUGUAGAACAUAAAAAUUAGCUAUAAUCAGAAUAUUUAACUUUCAUACAUCCCUAAAAGUUCUCUUCUCUUAACUAUUUAAUGCAAUACUUUGAUUUUAAUUUAUAAGUAGUAUUAAAUAAUUAAUAAGUUUCUUCUAUGGAGUCAGAAAGUGCCUAGCUCAGAUGCUUAGAAGCUAUAGAUGUAUUCUUUAAGAAUUUAACCGUGUAAAAGAAUUUGAACACUUAGAUUUCUAAAAUAAAAUCCUUCUUACAAAUGAUUUAAAUGAGCAAGUUUUAGGUUAGUAAAUAAUAAAUUUUUACACUUGAAAAAAUAUUUUCCAAAGCUGAAGAAACAAAUUCCUCAUCUCAGCACAUUAUUUUAGAUAUAAUUUAACACUUAGAAACUCUCUCAUUCUUGGAAGAAGAUAAGUAGGAAAUUCUAGAUUACUUAGAUAGCUAAAAAAGCAAACUUUUAGAAACAUUAGCAAGUUCAUAACUCAAAGCACAUAAUGACCAAUAAAAUUAUAUAAUAGCAGAGCUUAGUCAAAAGAUUUAGGGAGUUGAAGAUUAAGAACACAUUAAAAAUCAUAAGGAAUUUUAAUAAAUUCAAGAGAUUAUGAAUAAAUGUGUUAAAAUAUCUGACAUAAUUUAACUGCUCUUAACCGUUUCCAAAUCUAAUAGACAAGCUGCUAAAUUAUUAGUCUAGCCAGACAUUUUAGCACUCAUUUGUGAAAAUGUUAUAUUCAUGAAUUAAUCUUCCUUCUCUAAAUUAAUUGCACUCAAUAAUAGAGUCUUAGAUAUCCCUAUAGAGCUUAUGAUUUAGUAUAUCUAGAAGAAUUAUCAAAAUUUUUCUCCUCUUCUGUUAACAUAGACACUUUAUUUAAUCUCCAGCUCCAACACUUAGAGAAAUUAUGAUGCCUAAGAAUUGAUUGUGAAGAUAAUUAAAGAUAUUAAUAAUAUGAAAGAUAAAUUAUAAUAUGAAGAACUUAAUUUGCUCUUGAAAUGCUGUUAAUUUAUAAAAAUGGAAGCUCAAUUAUAUAUAAUAUAGGAUAUAAUUGAAAAUAUUUCAAAUCAAAGAAUAAAUUAAGAGCCUAAAUAUGCAAAUAUGCUAUUUAAUCUAUUCUAACACAAGAUCUUAAAGCAAGGACUACAGUCUAAGUAUGCUUAAAAUCAGAUAAAGCAAAUAGCUGAACUAAUAUAGAAUAAGGAUAUCACUAAAUUUGAUUUAGAUUUGCUAAGUUUAGCUCUUUUAGUUUAAGCUACAAACAAAUUUAGUUAUGACGAAAAUUCUUAGGUUAUAAAUAAAUUCUUUUUAGAAUAAGCAAACAAAUACUUUGAUAAAGUUAAAUCUGAGUAAUUAGCUUAUAUGUACAUUAGCGUCAUUUAGGCUUCCUUUAUUAUACAAAAUUCAAAUAACACUUAGUUAAUAGAAAGAUAUGAAAAAUAAAUCCUCAAGAAUUUGAAUUCUGGCAAUAGGUACUAAUCCAUUAAGUUUAACUAGGUUGUUAAAGUAAUGCAUGAAUUAAGCAAAGUAUUUCACUUAUUAGAUAACCAAAGGAAGAGCUUCUUGUCAUAAAUUUAUUAAAAGACACUUUAAAUUUACAAGGUAGACUAAGAUUAUGGAUUGAGUAUUUGGAUUUUUUGGUAAUAGUCUUUAAUUUGUAAUAAUAUAGAUCAGUAUGUGAAUUUAUACAAUUUAAUAAAAGAGAAUAUAAUUACAGUUGCUAAACAUGAAUUAAAUAAUUAGUUAAAUUAAUCAGUUAAGCUAAAAUAAUAUAAACAAAGCAUGGUUAAUCAAGUUCAAGAAAUCACAAUUAUUUAGCUCUAUCAAUCAUUGUAUUACUAUCAAGUCAAUGAAUCUUUAUAUAAAAAAAAUCCUUAUCUACAUGAAGAAAUUUAAAGAAUAUAAGAAAUUAUUAACCAAAACAGUGUUAUCUAAAAUUAUUAAAGAGCUCAGACUGUAAAGCACUCUUCGAAUACUGAGUACAGCAUUAGUGUAGUUAUUAAAAAGGCCCUAAAGGAAUUGAAUCUAAAUUAUCAUAACUUAGAAGAACAAAGGAUAGAAAAUAUUUUCUUUGUCGAUAACUAUAUAUAAGAGUUGAAUUUGAUAAUUGAGUGUCAUGGAUUUUAGCAUUUCGUUUAGUAGAGCAUAUACUACAGUGAAUAAGCUAGAAAUAAAUACAUUUAAUCUAAAGGAUAUAAAAUAGAAAUUAUUCCUACUUUUGACUGGAUCAAUCUAACCCAAGAAGAGCAACUCAAAAAAAUGAUUGAAAUUAUCAGCAAAUACACAAAAUGA